CAAAUCAGGAAAGGACACAGCGCAUUUGUUAGCUCACGUUUGAUCGCUGUCAAACGUAACGAUUUCCUACGUUCCCUGAACGCAGCGCCGUUCCCCAGCAGCUCCAGCAGUCGUCUGCAGCAAGCGACUCUCAUUCAGCGAGCAGCGAACAACAGACCGGCUCUCUCUGCCCUGUGAUGCUGCGCAGACAUCAUACAAAGACAUCAAGAAAAGCUCUGAUGCGACGUUGCUCUGUAAAGAAGAACAUUCCCACACAAGUCCUUAUUAGUCCCUAUAUAUCAAUGACAAAUAUUCAUUGACGAUAGUCAUAGAAAGGUGAUGUUCAUCUUUCUACAGUUUAGAUUCCACGCCUGGUCUGAUGUGCUAUGAUAGCGGCCUCUCGUGUUGGCACUCAGCUGCAGUAAUGUGGAGUAAAACAUGCGAAUAAACACAAGGAGCUCAGUCCGCCUCGGUCUUUGUGGCGGCGAAGACGACUCUUCACUUCAAUGUCCGUCCCUGCUGCAGCGGCCCCGUGCCCUCAUGUGCCACUGUUAGAAUCUUACCACCACGGCUGCACCAUGUCAGACCAUGACGACACCGCGAGUGACCUGUCUGACUCGAUGGAGAUCCGUGAGCUCCAGGACCAGUACUUGGAUUCAGAAAAGAGCUUCAAGUCCAAAAGCUUGCCCAUCUUGAAUGGCCCCUGCAAGGCCUCCGAGCCGCAGCUUGUCAACACCAAGCAUUGUGUUGCGCUGGAUGAGUGCUGUGAGCUUCAGGUGAAAACUCCAGACUCCAUUCAAGAUGAGUCUCCGUCGUCCAGAGCUGACUUUUCCCCCUCUGCGUCAAGCAUGGUGGGGCUCAGCAGCUCUCUACCUGUGGAGGGUCGCCGGGCUGCCGGGGGCAAGAAAGUUGGCUUCUCCCUCUCCCGCAUUGUCCAUAUCCCCGCCAGGAAGUACGUGCGUGUCAUCCUCCGAGACUCUCGCUGCUUCCUGUUCUGUAUGUGCUACUUGACCUUCAUCCAGUCCCUGAUGGUGUCGGGCUACCUGAGCAGCGUCAUCACCACCAUCGAGAAGCGCUACAGCCUCCGCAGCUCCGAGUCCGGCCUGCUUGUCAGCUGCUUUGACAUCGGCAGUUUGCUGGUGGUGGUCUUCAUCUCAUACUUUGGCGGCAGAGGUCAGAGGCCGCGCUGGCUGGCCGUCGGUGGUGUCAUUAUUGCGCUCGGGGCUGCACUCUUCUCUUUGCCCCACUUCAUCUCCCCACCGUACCAAAUUCAGGAGAUGAACUCGUCGUCGGGUCACGAAGGCCUCUGUCUCACGGCCAACAACAGCGGGCGUGAACUGCUGGACAUGGAGUCAUGUCCUCGAGACCACGAGGGCAAUGAACACAACCUGUAUGUGGCCCUGUUUAUCUGUGCUCAGAUACUGGUGGGAAUGGGCUCUACGCCCAUCUACACGCUGGGGCCCACGUACCUGGACGACAACGUGAAGAAAGAAAAUGCCUCUCUCUAUCUAGCUAUCAUGUAUGUGAUGGGAGCUCUAGGCCCAGCUGCUGGUUACCUGCUAGGAGGCGUGCUCAUCGGCUUCUACGUCGACCCCAAAACGGUGGUCACCAUCGAUCAGAGCGACCCUCGUUUUGUUGGCAACUGGUGGAGUGGCUUCCUGUUGUGUGCCAUCGCCAUGCUUCUGGUCAUCUUCCCCAUGUUUGCCUUCCCCAAGAAGCUGCCACCCCGACACAAGAAGAGGAAGAAAAAGAUGAGCUCCCCCGGUGACGUUUCCAGUGACGAUGAAAUGAUGAAAGAGAAAAGCGGCGGCAAGAGCCAGAAUGUCUCGUCAUCCAUGGGUUUCGGGAAGGACAUCAAAGACCUGCCCAAGGCAGCGCUCCGGAUCCUCAGCAACUUGACCUUCCUCUUCGUCAGCCUCUCCUACACAGCCGAGUGUGCCAUCGUCACCGCCUUCAUCACCUUCAUCCCAAAGUUUAUCGAGUCCCAGUUUGGAAUUCCUGCUUCCAACGCCAGCAUUUACACUGGUCUCAUCAUUGUUCCCAGCGCCGGGGUGGGCAUCGUACUGGGAGGCUACAUUAUCAAGAAGCUGAAGCUCGGGGCGCGUGAGUCGGCCAAGUUGGCCAUGAUCUGCAGCGGAGUCUCGCUGCUCUGCUUCUCCACGCUCUUCAUCGUGGGCUGUGAGAGCAUCAACCUGGGGGGCAUCAACAUCCCGUACACCACCGGGCCCACUCUGACAAUGGCGCACCGGAACCUGACGGGGAGCUGCAACGUCAACUGCGGCUGCAGGAUUCACGAGUACGCUCCGGUCUGCGGCUCUGACGGCAUCACCUACUUCAACCCCUGCCUGGCCGGGUGCAGCACCGUGGGCAACGACAGCAGCGGGGUGAGGAACUACACGGACUGCGGCUGCGUGCAGAGCCGGCAGGUCAUCACGCCGUCCUCCGGCGGCCAGGCCAACCAGCUGCAGCUGGUCAUCGUGAAGACCUACCUGAACGAGAACGGCCACGCCGUGUCGGGGAAGUGCGACCGCACCUGCAACACGCUCAUCCCCUUCCUCAUCUUCCUCUUCAUCGUCACGCUCAUCACCGCCUGCGCGCAGCCCUCGGCCAUCAUCGUCACGCUCAGGUCUGUGGAUGAGCAAGAGCGGCCGUUUGCCCUGGGGAUGCAGUUUGUGCUGCUGCGGACUCUUGCUUACAUCCCGACGCCCAUCUACUUCGGCGCAGUGAUCGACACCACCUGCAUGCUGUGGCAGCAGGACUGCGGCGUCCACGGCUCCUGCUGGGAGUACGACGUCACCUCCUUCCGCUUCGUCUACUUCGGCCUGGCCGCCAGCCUCAAGUUCGUGGGCUUCAUCUUCAUCUUCCUCACCUGGUACUCCAUCAAGCACAAGGAGCGGCGGGCCGAGCGCUGGCGCCAGCACCUCCCGCCGCUGGGCACCGUCAGCGACCUCAUCUGCCACGCCGGCGGCCACAAGAGCCACGCCCGCACCCGCUCCUGCCCCGUCUUCAUCCCCCCUCGUCCCGAGCCGCCCGCGGCCCUGCUGCUGCACCGAGGCCACAGCAGCCUCAGCUGCCCUGGCAACGCCCUCAAAGCAAUAACCCCGCCCAUCUUGCUGCCCCACCGAGGCUCCGCCCACGUCUGAGCGCCCGGGGGUCCGUCGUGACACGUGCCUUCUUGCUGGUGGCACCAGGGGGCGCCGCAGAGCCGCCGCUCAGGCGGCGUGUGCCUGAAGGGCUGUGUAGGCGUCGGUGAGGCAGGACCAUCACUCGCGAGUCAAGACUCCACAUGGUGCUACACCUCAGAAGCACAACUCCGUUCUAUGCAAGAUCCUGUGUAGAGCCACUCUUCCUCCCGCUCCUCUUCCUCAGUGUUGUGGCCGGUGCCUCCUGACCGGUCCACGAUCUCCUGCUAGCCACCAGCAAACAUGCUAGCCACACAAAGCCAGGCCUCCCCUUCGCUUGCUUGGUCGCCGUGGUAACCAUGUAGCUCUCUAGCACCAAAGGUACCAGACGGUUUUAGACGCGAUUGAACAGAACAAAUGUCGACCGUUUCUUAACUCCCACCACUGGGGGGCGCAUCCGUAGAAGCGUUUUGUUUCACUUAUCAUGAGACGCAAAACAUCAGGGGAAGGAAUGUCUCUCAAACACACGAGGAUUAGCGCUUCAGUCCACCUCAGACCACAGCUGAGGUUCUCAGCGUCAAACCUCUCGAUUCAUCUGCCAACAGUGACACCUGGUGGCAGGAAACGCCACGACCUCAUACGGCGCGGUCUCAGACAUGAGAACGAGCCGUUUCAUUCAGAAGCGUUAUGUGGCCCUCUAGCGGCUGAGCUGGUGACGUGCAGGCCGGUGACCGUCAGCUGAACUUUUGUACAGAGAGAAAUCCACGAGACGGUUAGAACUGCUGUGGAUUUGCUGCUUUGGUAUUCGCCGCAAAACUCAGCAGAUUGUAAUAUUCAUCCCCGCCGCGACUCGUCUGCUCGAUUGAGCGCAGACACCGACUUAUUUUGGAACUCGAGACUCUGAAUCUGACGGAAACGAUUCGUAGUGUUGUGACUUAGUACCUCAAGGGCGAUCAUUGUGUAAAUACCCACAAACGAAACGAAGCAUAUUAUCGAGCGCUCACAUAGCUAGACGCAUAUUUAUCGACUAACCUUUGACCUUGUAGUUUAAGAAAUACGAACAUGGUGGAUUUGUCUCACAGUGCCUGAGCAGUAUUGUUGCUUUGUUGGAGGGAGGGGAAGAGAUGCGCAUGCGCGCCACCUCGUGUCCAAACAAUUCAGAUGCUCCACGGAGGACUUUUCACUGUCUUGGAGAACGUUUCGUCCAUUUGUUGGAACAUAAUAAAGGGGAAUGUCUCUCGUUUUAAUGUAAUUAAAUAUAUUUGUUUUUCUAUUCCGAAGUCCUGUCCUCAUCAGUCCACCUGGAGUUCUGCCCACGCUGCACUGCAGGUCGCCCUCUAGCGGAAGCCUGUGGCAUCAAUCGCCUCACAUAGUCCGGGUGUACUGACGGUGUUUAACAGUGAAAACACAAACACAGUGAAAAGUUUGUCUAACGUCUAAAGUGAGGGCAAGUUUUUCUCAGAUGAUUCCUGAACUCAAGUGUUGGACGACAUUGAAAUCGGUGGCGCAAGAGGUGCAGGAAACACAUCUGCCUCUCAGCUGGACUGACGAGUCUCGCUGUUUCACUUCACACACACACGCGCGCGUCUUCAGGUUCGGCGUUUAUGUGCUUGUCACAAGUCAAAACCGAAAGUGAAUUUCCUGGACAGACGUCAGGCUCUCGUCCUCAGGAGCAGAAGUCUAUCUGAUGUUUGUGAACGCUUGGUUUACAAAUGCCUUGAAUACUUGAUAUUUGUGAUUAAAA